CUCUCUUUUUCUCUUUCUAUUUUCUUUCUCUUGUUCACUUUAAUGUCUCUCUCUUACCAAAACAAUAACAUUCUCCCUCUUUCUCAUCCAGUUAAUAUUUAAUUCUUUUAAUUGUAUCAAAAAUAUGAAUCAAAAAAAUUCUAAUCAUGGUAAAUUUAAUUACGUUUAUUCUUGUGAUCUAAAUGAUGUAAAUUUCAAGAUCAAAAUUGGUACUUUGGAAGGCGAUGUUGGUAAACAAGAUUAUAAGGCUUUAAUGAUUGAUCCAAAGCUACGUUACUCUGGUCUUUACUCUUGCACAAAAAAAGCUGAUCUCUUAAUUUCUUGUCAUAUCUACAGCCAUGGAAAACAAUUAUGUCCACCUAAACAAAGCUCUUACAAAAAUUUUGUUGACCAUUACAAUUGGAAUGAAUGGUUAAAUUUUCCAUUGAAAAUAAGUGACCUUCCAAACGAUGCAAUUCUCGGUAUUACUAUUUGGGACUCUUAUGGACCUGGUAGAUCUAAAGUCGUCGGAGGAACUGCUUUCUCAAUCUUUGGUAAACAUUCAACCUUUCGACAAGGUAUCUAUGAUCUCAAAGUAUGGCCUGGAAUCGAAGCUACCAAAUCAAAUGGUACACCAGGUAAAUUUGAAAGGAACAGUGCAAGUGCAAUGUUAAAUAAGCUUAAAAAGCGUUACAAUAGAGGUCAUAUGACCAAAGUAUCUUGGCUUGAUCAGAUAUCGUUUAUGAAUAUUGAGGCCACAACUCAACGGGAUAAAGAUGGUGCUAAUAUGUACUUAUCAAUUGAAUUUCCAUCCGUUCAGAUUGAGAAUACAGUUCAAAAUAUUGUUUACUUUGAAACAUCAGCUGAAGAUAGUUGCCAAUUAAAUUUUGAAACUGAUUUAAUCAUUGUACCCGAUCCUGAAUUGGUAUUAGAUAAUUUGGUUGAAGAUAAACAUCAUAAAUUGUAUCGUAGCGAUCGAACGGGUUUAACUGACCGAGACAACAAACCAAAUGCUCAAGUUCGUAAUCAGUUAACUAUGAUUGUCGCCUAUCCACCGACCAAACUUCUUACCUCUGAUGAGCAAGAUUUACUUUGGAAAUAUCGAUUUUAUCUGCAAAAUCAGAAAAAAGCUUUAACCAAAUUUCUUAAAUGUGUCAACUGGGACUCGGAAACUGAGGCCAAACAAGCGAUCGCCAUGCUUGCUAAAUGGGAACCAAUGGACAUCGAAGAUGCUUUAGAACUUUUAUCUCCCACAUUCCAGGAUAAAACCGUUCGUCAAUACGCUGUCUCAAGAUUACAACAAGCUCCCGAUGAGGACUUAAUCCUUUAUCUCCUUCAACUUGUCCAAGCUUUAAAGUAUGAAGAUUUCGAUGAUAUCGAGUCAAGACUAAUCGACCAAAAAGGUCCAUUGACUCCGGGAUUCUUUGAAACAGAAAAGGAAUAUGUUAAUCGUAAGAUGAGUGUAACUUCAGAAGUCUCAAUUGCUACUCUUGGAUGUGAUAAUCCUGCUUACGAUGGAGAGGCUUCUAAUCCCUCUGAUGAAAUGCCAUCGAUGGAUCUUGCAACGUUCCUAAUUGAAAAAGCCGUUUCCGAUGAUGCUUUGGCCAAUUUUUUCUAUUGGUACCUUGUGGUUGAAUGUGAAGAUAUCAACAAUCAAUCAAGUGAAUCAGUUAGCUCAUCAACGAAUAGUCUUUGUAAAGAUUCUCGAACAACCCGAAUGUAUCUAAUUGUAUUGAAACGAUUCGGUGAACGACUUCUCAAAGGAGAUCUUAAAAUGAGACAGCGAUACAAUACUUUGGUUAGAAUUCAAACUUUUGUCGAUAAAUUGGUUUGCCUGAUGAAACACGUUGCCCGAGAAAAAGGAGAUCGAACCAAGAAAAUUGAAGUUCUCCGGUCACUUCUCCAAGAAAGUGAAUCAUUUAAAAUUAAUUUUAAAUCGUUUGAUGUAUUACCACUUCCUUUAGAUCCGAAAGUUAAAGUAACCGGAAUAAUUCCCGAAACAGCGACACUUUUCAAAAGUGCUCUAAUGCCUAGUCAAUUGACCUUUAUAACCGAUCGAUCUGGUCCUUACAUUGCCAUUUUAAAAAUUGGCGAUGACCUGAGGCAAGAUCAACUUAUCCUUCAUACAAUCACACUAAUGGAUAAACUAUUAAGACGUGAAAAUCUUGACCUUAAACUAUCACCGUAUAAAGUACUGGCCACUAGUAGUAAACACGGUUUCGUCCAGUAUAUUGAAUCUUUCUCAGUGGCCGAAGUUAUCAAAAACGCUGAUAUACAAAAAUUUUUCCGUGACGCUGCUCCUUGUGAAAAUGCUCCCUAUGGUAUCCAACCCGAUGUCAUGGAUACUUAUGUUAAAUCUUGUGCUGGAUAUUGUAUUAUUACUUACCUUUUAGGUGUUGGUGAUCGUCACUUGGACAAUUUACUUUUAACCAAGAAAGGUCACCUUUUCCAUGUCGACUUUGGUUAUAUUCUUGGCCGUGAUCCUAAACCAUUCCCACCUCCAAUGAAAUUAUCCCGUGAAAUGGUUGAAGCCAUGGGCGGUGUUAAUUCAGAUCAUUAUCAAACCUUUAGGAAAUUAUGUUAUACAGCUUUUCUUCAUCUUCGUCGGCACGCUAAUCUUAUACUCAACCUUUUUAACCUAAUGAUUGACGCAACCAUACCUGAUAUCGCUCUCGAACCUGAUAAAACAGUAAAAAAAGUCCAAGAUAAAUUUCGUUUAGAUCUUAACGAUGAAGAAGCUGUUCAUUAUAUCCAAGGUUUAAUCGAUGUCAGUGUAACCGCAGUAAUGGCGAUUCUUGUUGAACAAAUUCACAGAUUUGCUCAAUAUUGGAGAAAAUGAUUCCAUCUUUUUACUACUCGAUUCAAGUGCCUUUUAGUAUAUUUUUUUUCCUCACACUCGAAGAUUAUUUUGUAUAUUUACAUAAGAGAAAGAGAAAGAGAGAGAGGAAAAAAAACCAAUUGAUUGGGUCACUUUGUCGACAAAUUUCAAGGAGUUCAACUGAUAUAAUUUCCAUUAUCAGUUGAUGAUUUGGUUUCUCAAAUAAUCAUGUCGAUUAUUUGACACAAAAAGAACCGUUAAAUUAGCGCAGCAAACGCAAUGAAAACAAAAUCCGAAAAAAAAGAAAUGUUAAUUUCUUAAAUUUUUCCAUUUUCUAACAAUCAUCGAUAAUUAAUCUUUCUUUUUGUAAACACCUCAUGGACAAUACAUCUUAUAUAUAUUCACAUUUAACACUUCGUACAAAACUAAACACUCAAUCAACUCUAAUUGUGUGUUUACUGAGUAAAUUAUCAAAUUGUAAAUAAUAUCACAAUCAAAAAAAAAAACGCAAGGAGCAACAAAAAAACCGCUAAUUUGUAUUAGUAAAUCAGUCAAAUCGUAACUGAUUUCACAAUUAUAACUAUUUUUAGUUUCCAUUGAUUACUAUUACCAAUUAACUUACAAAUCCGAAAAUAAUAAACCAAAUUAAAAACAUACAAUCAAUAA